UCUCCACCACCUCUAAUUUCUUUUAACAACACACACCAAACUCAAAUUCUAAAUAAAAUAUCAUCAAUAAUAAAUUAAUAUAUAUAUAUAUAAAUAUAUAUACAUACAAUUGUGGGCAUGAGCAUGACGAAGAAGAUGAUGGGCGGAAUUAGGAGCAGCAGGGUGGGGGUGCAGGUUCUGAUGGCUGUAAUUGCUUGUGUUUGUAUUUGUGUUUGUGCUGCUGGAGAUGAUGAUAAGGUGAUAAGAUGCGACCCGAUGGGUCUUGGGCCAUGCCUGCCGGCGUUAUCUGGGUCGGGUUCUCCGACGGCGCAGUGCUGCCAAGAGCUGAGGUCGCAGCAACCAUGCCUGUGCAGGUACCUGAGGAACCCGGCCUUCAAGCCCUACAUCGACUCCCCCAACGCCAAGGCCGUCGCCUCCACAUGCGCCGUCCAGAUUCCCACCAACUGCUGACUGCGGAGCCCAGCCCAUCUCUAUCUACUGCUACUGCUACUGCUACUGCUGCUUCUUCAUUAGUUAUAUUUCUAUUAGGUAUGUAUAUGGUGUAUGGCGUUACUGUGGUGGCUUGAAUAAGUAAUUCUAUCUGUCUCUUAAUUAAUAUAUAUAUAUAUAUAUAUAUAUAUAGAUGAUAUAUCUGUUGUCACUCGUCUCUAUAUAUCCAUCUAUCUAUCUUCUAGUCAUCCACUAAUAAAAUUCGAAAUCUUU